GAUUCUAAAUGAAAUUAUCCAAGUAGUCGUUGCUCAUCACCGUCCCACCCUGGUUGCAUCAGUUGUGUUUGUGUCUAAAUUCAAAACAAUAAUGGUCAAUGUCACCAGUGUGGAACCAAUUGCGAAAAAGGUUGAAGCUGUACAAGAAAAAAAAAUCAAUUUUGGAAACGCUUGGGCAUAAGGCCAUCAAAGAAAAACAAGCCCGUGCACUUUUGCAAUGUGUUAGCUACCUGACAGACAAUAUCUCCUUCUUCGGCCUGUUCCUAUCCACCGGCAGCCUGGAACAUCUCGACCGGAUCUACAACAAAAUCGAAUCCGGCCAUGUGCAAAUGUACGACUACCUCGAGCAGCAAUCCGCUCCACGGGAAUGUGCCAUGGCCAUGCACCGGUUCAUCCGAACGCACAAGAUAUCCAUCCUACCGGAGAGAGCACUUAAUUUGUUGUGUGCGCGAAACUUUGGAAUUCCUCAACGCUUGGUAGCCCUGGAUGCACUCAAUCUCCUCCAGCAUGAAUCGUCCGGCAUGAGGUGGCAGUUUGCCCGAGCGUACCUUCUGAUGAUGCAGCAACUAACUCUGCGGGGAUAUCUCACUCCGCACGAGAUCCGAAUCGUUAUCAGCCCAUACCUGGCGGUCCCAGCAAUGUUUCCCGGUCGGAGCUCACUGCAUAACGUUGCAUCCAAAUCGGCAGCCCUGCUGGAGAUGUUCCUCAAUGCACAUCUGCUGGACGAUCCCCAGACCCUUUCCGCGGAGCUGGCCAAGGAAACCGUCAAAUUCAGACUGCGGUGGCGAAGGAUGAAUCCGCCGUGAUUUGCAUGCGAUGACAAAUGAUUCAAGCGGGUGGGAGAAUGUUAUCUAAUUGUGCUAUCUAUGAUAUGAAGUGAUGAUAAAAUCAUUCCCGUGCACAUUCGUGAGUGACAUUCUUCUGCCUUGACACAUUUGAAAAUGAGUCACACGAUAAGACGUAUGUAUACCACCAAUCUGCUUUGAAGGUGUCUUAACACGAUGAUGGGAAACACCUUCACCUUCUCCAGUCCAAUGAACGGUUUAUUGAAGUUCGCAAACAAUAUAUGGAUCGGUCCAAGCUGAUAAGCGCGCAUUGUUGAGUAAACCCACUUUCAAUGGUGUUUUAAGUAGGUAACUAUCUCCAUACUUAACGGAAUCCACUCAUUUCGAAGGCAGUUGUUCGAUCGGUUGUAGUUCAGAGGAAAGUAUUUUUUCCGCAUCGGCGCGUCGUAAAUCAUGGUGUUCAAAUUGUGCUGUGGAGGCAAGAGUUACGAUAUGGAGAGUGUCUCGGCAGGAACUACGCAAAAAACGACUUCUACAAGCAGCGCAACAGUGAUAUCACAGCCGGGUUUUAAAGCGAAGAAUCCAGAUGACGCUACCGUUGGAUCUUCUGGAAGGGAUAACCAAGAAAGCUGAAUUCGUUUUUAGUGGUCACCUAGCAAUAAUUGAAUAGCUUUA